AGUGUAUUUUUUAUGUUUUUAUCGGUGCAAAUAUACAGCAAGUGUGAUAAUAUAUAAUAGGAUAGCAUUUACCAGAAUCACCAAGAACGACGACUUUUACUUUCUCAAUUGCAGCCAUUCACAAGAUUUUAACUCGGUAUUAUGACUGAAGAACGAUUGGUGACUGAGGUGCCCAGCAGCUUGAAGCAGUUGGCACGACUCGUUGUCAGAGGUUUUUAUACGAUUGAGGAUGCUCUCAUAGUCGACAUGCUCGUAAGAAAUCCAUGUAUGAAAGAAGAUGAUAUUUGUGAACUUCUGAAAUUCGAAAGAAAAAUGUUACGUGCUCGAAUAGCCACGUUAAAAAAUGAUAAAUUUAUCCAAGUGAGAUUAAAAAUGGAAACAGGUCCUGACGGAAAGGCACAAAAAGUAAACUAUUAUUUUAUAAAUUACAAAACAUUCGUGAACGUCGUGAAGUACAAACUAGAUCUUAUGCGCAAGCGCAUGGAGACAGAGGAACGCGACGCUACCAGUCGCGCCAGUUUCAAAUGCCCAUCCUGCGGCAAAACUUUCACAGAUCUUGAAGCAGACCAGCUUUACGAUAUGAUGACACAAGAAUUCCGUUGUACAUUCUGUAACCAAGUGGUAGAAGAGGAUCAGUCAGCACUCCCAAAAAAGGAUUCCAGGUUGUUGCUGGCGAAAUUCAAUGAACAGUUAGAAACCUUGUACAUUCUGUUGCGAGAAGUGGAAGGCAUCAAACUGGCGCCAGAGAUAUUGGAACCUGAGCCUGUUGACAUCAACACUAUACGAGGAUUGAACUCAAAACAGAUGGCCCAACGUCCCCCCGGUCAAGAAUGGUCGGGCGAGGCGACGCGUAACCAAGGCAUGUUGGUCGAAGAGACGCGAGUCGACGUCACCAUUGGCGAGGCGGACGGCGCCGCCGACAACAGUGCACUGCGCAAGGAACGACCUGUCUGGAUGGUGGAGAGCACCAUCGUUACUAACGACCAAAGCGACAGCGUACAUUCUACGGACGCCGCUCUGGAGAAAGCUGCCAGCAACGCAAGUAACGCGAAAACUGUUGGAAAGGAAAAGAAUGACGACAUUAUGUCUGUGUUACUCGCACACGAAAAACAAAAUACAGGUAAUAAUGCAGCAACGAACGCUCUAAAGGGAAUUGAACCUGACAGUUCAGAUUCCAGUGACAAUGAGUCUAAAGACCCGUACAAACUCAAGGACGAACUGGCUGCAGUGGCUGAAAUGGAAAGUGAAGAUUCUGAUACGGAUGAUAACGCGCCCACUGUGCUGGUGAACGGCAAAACGGUGCCAAUAACAAGCGUAGACGAUGACGUCAUCGCUCAGAUGACGCCCACCGAAAAAGAAACCUACAUUCAAGUGUAUCAAGAAUAUUACAGCCACAUGUAUGAUUAGAUAAGCGUUAAUUGAAAACAAAUCAACUAAUCAGACGUAAAUAAAUGUCUUGUCUAUA